AUUUUUUUGAAAUAAGAGUAAAGCGAACAUGCUUUAACUUUCUAAUUUUUACGCACAUAUUUCCUGGGUAGCGUAGCUAGUAGCGUAGCUAGUAGCUAGAUUUGUGGAAAUGGAAUAAAAAUUAUCUCAUACAUUCUUUUAAUAAUAUAGAAAUGCUCAACUUUAUAAAGUAGUCCCUUCCUUCCUUUUUUGAUAGUCCAGAUGUGGAUGCCUUUCGUUUCCCUAAUUCUUGAGUCUAUUGACUAUCCUCCAAAGCCUUUAGACAGUCAAAUCCGGAUAUUAUCACAGUCAACCUUCGUCGGUAUUGGUACCAUAGGAUGAAUACAGCAGAACUUUCUUUCAACUGAAUCCAGAAGGAUCCUCCUACUAUGCAGAACUUCCUUUCAUCUGUAUCCAGAAAGGUCCUCCUACCACGCGAACUCGCGACCUGAAUUUCCAUCGGCUCCCUUCUAAACCGCUGUACAACUCCGUGAAGAUAGGAAGACUCAUUGGGAACAAGACCUACCUCCCCUCCCUUCCUUAAAACUUAACAAUUUUCUCUUUUUUGAAUGUUCUAUUAAUUUUAUCACUUUCCCUUUUAACUACGUAGUAAAAAGUUUGUGAUUCUAGUUAAUCCUCUCUACUCUACACAAAUAUCAACCACAUAAUUUUUACUUUAUUAAUUCUCGUAUCGAUUAAACUUGAUAAAGUUUUUAAGUGACAGAGGGAUUAUAAGUUAUUCCAUCUCCAACAAAUUAAUGGAUUUAACCAAGCUAAGAAAAAUGAUGCAGGGAAUAGAGGAAUUAUGGGGGAAAUUGGGUUCUGGGGUGGUGACAUUGUUGGUUCUCUGGGCAACCUUCGACAAGUACUUCCCCUACGAGCUCCGCCAUUUUUUCAAGAGAUAUGUCAAGAAAUUCAGGGGCGUCGUCAACCCUUAUAUUCAAAUCACCUUCCCCGAGUUUUCAGGCAAUGGCUUUCACCGGAGUAAGGCUUACCAGGUGAUCGAGCGUUACCUCUCCGCUAGUUCCUCCGCUAAGGCCAAGUGUCUCAAGGCGGAGGACACCAAUCACGGCUCCUCUCAGACUACUCUAGUUUUCAGCAUGGACUAUCACGAGGAAAUCGCCGAUGACACAUUUGCUGAGAAUGCAGCGGCGGACGCCGGAUUCAAAGUCUGGUGGACCUCCUGCCGGGACGAACCGAACCGGCAGAACAUACCAGUUCCUUUCUUUGGCGCCGAACGCGGGGCAGACGAUGGCGGCAGGCGGUAUUUCACACUCAAGUUCCACCAGAGAUACCGGGAUGUCGUCACAGGAGCUUACCUGAAACAUGUUUUACAGGCGGGGAAGGAGAUCGCGGUGAAGGACCGGCAAAGAAAGCUGUACACCAACUGUUCAAGUAGCGGUGGGGGCUAUAGACGGAGCACAUGGAUCCAUGUACCCUUCGAGCAUCCCGCCAAAUUCGAAACCCUAGCGAUGGAUCCUGAAAAGAAGAAGGAAAUCGUGGACGAUCUCCUCAAGUUUAAGGAAUCCAAGGACUAUUACGCCAAAAUCGGGAAGUCCUGGAAACGCGGGUACCUCCUCUACGGCCCUCCCGGCACCGGAAAGUCGUCUAUGGUGGCUUCCAUGGCGAACCUUCUCGAAUACGACAUUUACGAUCUGGAACUGACGGCGGUGAUGGACAAUACCACGCUCAGGAAUCUCCUUAUCGACACUGCCGGAAAAUCGAUCAUCGUGAUAGAAGACAUCGAUUGCUCCCUAGACCUCACCGGGCAACGGAAAGGAGCGAAUCUCGAGAAGAAUCUCCGCGAAGACGAAGAGGAGAUGAAUCCGAAGAAAACGAGCCAAGUUUCUCUAUCUGGUCUCCUGAACUUCAUUGAUGGGCUCUGGUCGGCCAUCGGAGGAGAAAGGCUCAUUGUCUUCACCACGAAUUUCAAGGAAAAGCUGGAUCCAGCUCUGAUUCGGAGUGGGAGGAUGGAUAAACACGUCGAGCUUUCCUACUGUAGAUUCGAAGGAUUCAAGGUCCUUGCUAAAAACUACUUGGACAUCGAAGGGCACUGUCUCUUCCCCAGGAUCGAGCAGCUGUUGACGGAAAGGGACAUGACUCCGGCGGAUGUUGCAGAAACUCUGAUGCCCAAAUCUCCGCAGGACGAUACGGCGACUUCUCUCCAAAGACUUGUAGAAGCUCUAGAAGCAAAGAGAUUUGGCCCAAUAUUAGACAGCCCAUAGUCAGGCCCAGUGCUCUUAGCCCGUCCUCGAGUCCGACCCGAUACAAGCUGCGUGUGGGAUGAUGUUUCAAAUCAAUGAUACUUGAGCAAUUCUUAUUUUCACAUUUUAAUAGUUUAAAUAAAAACAGUGUUUACGGGAAUAAAUUCUCUCUCUACUUACA